AUGAGAGAAUUCAAAUUUGCUCAAACAAUGAUCUUUGCUAUAAAUGAAAUCAACAAAAACUCUGACCUGCUCAUUAAUGUUAAACUUGGCUACAAAAUUUAUAAUAACUGUGGAACCAUGGACAUAAUGAGAGCUGCACUGGCACUUGUGAGCGGAAUAAAGGCAGAAAUCAGUGAUGACAACUGCACAAAAACUGAAACAGUGCAAGCUAUUGUGGGACAUUCGGGCUCACUACCAACCAUUGCGUUUGCACAGGUAGUUGGAAGGUUUCAAAUACCUGUGAUCAGUCACUUUGCCACCUGUGCCUGCCUCAGCAAUAGAAGAGAGUAUCCUACUUUUUACAGAACUAUUCCCAGUGACUACUAUCAAAGCAGAGCUUUGGCAAAGCUUGUCAAGCACUUUGGUUGGACCUGGGUUGGAGCUGUAGCUGUAAAUAAUGAAUAUGGCUUGAAUGGCAUUGCAGCAUUUAUUCAAGCUGCACAAGAAUAUGGAGUGUGCAUUGAGUACUUUGAAGCAUUUUCAUCAUCCGAUCCUCCACAUGUCUUACAAAGAAUAACAGAGCGCAUUAAGCAGUCUACAUCCAAAGUAAUUAUGGCUUUCAUGUCGCACAGAGAAAUUAAACUGCUGGUUUCUGAGUUGUACAACCAAAACAUUACAGGAUUGCAGUGGAUUGGCAGUGAUGCAUGGAUUACAGAUCCCUCCUUGACAGACAGCGAGGGACACAAAAUCUUGGCAGGCUCGCUAGGUUUCACAGUUGCCAAAGCUCAUAUUCCAGGGCUAGAGGAGUAUCUAAGGCAGCUCCACCCCUCACAGUUCCCUGACAGUCAGUUUGUCAGCGAUUUCUGGGAAAAGGUGUUUAACUGCUCUCUGAAUAAAUCUGUGAACACAUACAAGCAGCCAUGUAGUGGCUUUGAAAGCUUGCAAAAUGUUACCUCACUUUUUACUGAUGUGUCUGAGCUCAGAUACACAAAUAAUGUCUACAAGUCUGUUUACGCAGUGGCUCAUGCUCUUGACAAACUGAUUAAAUGUGAUAACAGUCCAGGACUCCCUUUUAAUGGGAAGUGUUCUGAUCCCAAACACAUUCAACCAUGGAAGGUCUUACAGCAACUUAAUGUUGUCAAUUUCACGACUGUAAAUGGAGAAAGAGUUUAUUUUGACAAUAAUGGAGAUUCACCAGCAAGAUAUGAACUUGUAAAUUUACAAAUUACACACAACGGAAUAAUGGAAGGAGAAACUGUUGGAAUUUACGAUGCAUCUCUUCCAGAGGAGCAUGAGUUUAUUAUGACCAGCAACCCAGUAAUCUGGAGUAACGGCUUGAACGAGGUGCCUGUGUCAGUGUGCAGCAACACAUGUCUCCCAGGAACUCAUAUGGUCCUCCAGAAGGGAAAGCCUGUCUGCUGUUAUGACUGCAUACCCUGUUCAGAAGGCGAAAUCAGUAAUUUAACUGAUUCAGUACACUGCAUGCCUUGCCCUGUGAAGUACUGGUCCAACAAACAAAGAGAUGCCUGCAUCCCAAAACCAGUAGAAUUUCUGGCUUAUGAUGAAAUUCUGGGGACACUGAUUGCAUCAUUUUCUCUCCUGGGAAUUUUUCUGACCAUGAUCAUAACUCUGAUCUUUUACAGCCACAAAGAGACCCCUCUAGUACGAGCCAACAACUCUGAGAUGAGCUUUCUGCUGCUCUUCUCCCUGACUCUGUGUUUCCUGUGCUCUCUAACCUUCAUUGGCCGCCCCACUGAGUGGUCCUGCAUGCUGCGACACACAGCAUUUGGCAUCACAUUUGUCCUCUGCAUCUCUUGUGUUCUGGGGAAAACAAUUGUUGUUUUAAUAGCAUUCAGGGCAACCCUUCCAGGAAGUAAAAUGUUGAAGUGGUUUGGGCCUGCACAGCAGAGACUGAGCGUGCUGGCUUUUAACCUCAUACAAGUUUUGAUUUGCAUACUUUGGCUAACAAUAAGCCCUCCUUUCCCUUUCAUGAAUUUUCUGCUGUAUAAGGACAGAAUUGUCUUGCAAUGUAACCUGGGCACAGCUGUAGCGUUCUGUGCUGUAUUGGGGUACAUAGGACUUCUGGCUGUGUUAUGCUUCAUCAUUGCAUUUUUGGCUCGUAAGUUGCCUGACAAUUUUAAUGAGGCUAAAUUUAUCACCUUCAGCAUGCUGAUAUUCUGCACAGUCUGGAUUGCUUUUGUCCCAGCAUAUGUCAGCUCUCCAGGGAAAUACACUGAUGCUGUUGAAACAUUUGCUAUUUUGGCCUCCAGUUAUGGACUCCUGUUCUGCAUUUUUCUACCAAAAUGUUAUAUAAUUUUAUUUAGACCAGAACAAAAUACUAAGAAUCAUAUAAUGAGACAAAGACAUAAAUAUGGUAUAAAUUAACAGAUUAUCUUUUUGG